AUGCGCAAACUCUGAGAUUUAAGGGGGGAGGUUUGGAGCAGCUCGGACUCUCGUCGUUUUAUCAGCGUUUCUCCUCCAGGAAUAGCCCCAAAACACUCGACAGGAUCGGUUCAAGGAGCGCUGGCUUGUAACGACACCACAGCGGGCGACGAAUUCAGACGGUCGGGGCGAUAAGCGAGGGCCGAACAACUUUUGGAACACAGUUUGCGGAGGUGAGCGUCGCGAGAUAAAGAGACGCCGCCGCCGCCGCCGCUCCUCGGAUCUUUGUGCGCUAGGUGAGAUUAAAAAAGCAGCGUGGCGCCAGGGGAAACCUCGACCCCGCGUUGGGAUGAGCGAACGUAACGCUAAUUAGACUUUAGUUUCCGCCGCGGUAAUUGUUCGUCUGUGGGAUACACGCGUUUUUUUUAUUUUUAUUUUGACUAUCGCAGAAGUUUGUUUAUAGAGAAACGCGCAGCCUUUGUCGCCGAACGCCGAUAGAUUGCAGUGAUCCGAGCGGCUCCUCUUUGGAGCCUACGCGUCUGCGCCUGGAUUUACUGUUUCUGCGCGUCCGAUCUCGGCCCAGGAGUCCUCCCCGUCGGAACCGCAGCGGCCCCCGGCAGCCCACGGCGAGGCCAAAUCAUUGAGCGAAGCUGAAUUCUUCUUGAUCGUCAUCUUUCUCUAAAAAAAAUCACGGAGCAAAUCGCUGCUUCACUAAUGCGGUGAGGUCUGUCUCGGAGGACGGCCAUCAUUACUGCAUCUGUCACAGAAGUCUGGGUCUGCAGGGGCCAGGCUGAUGUUAUCUGAGCGCUGCCAAUGACCCGCUGCUGAUGUACCAAAGACAUGAAUGGGGUUCCAGUCGCGUAAGAGCCGUCAGUCGUAGGUCCCUCAGCAGGAUGCUGAUGAGGCAAAGGACACUUGUGGUUCUGGCUCUGCUUGCCCAGGUUUUAACGACCCAAAGUCGUCCUGCUGACACCGAUGAAGUCUCUGUGGAAACACAGCCCCAGCUGUACACGCUCUAUCCUGGGGACCGGCUGGAUCUGAAGUGCUCCACCAAGGACUCGCUUCAUGCCGUCAACUGGACCAAGGACCACGUGGUCAUAGUGGAUGGAGAACACACACGGAUCCGCAAUGGCCAGCUGGAGAUCGAGGCCGUGGAGCUGACAGACUCUGGUCUAUAUGCGUGUAUGACCUUUGGCAACUACAGCCGGUCCUUCAACGUCACAGUCGAUACGCUGGCCUCAUCUGAGGACGAUGAUGAAGAUGAGGAGUCUUCGUCGGAGGAAGCUAAACUGUUGGGCAGUCAAAAACUGUUGCCAAUGGCCCCACAGUGGGCUCAUCCCGAGAAAAUGGAGAAAAAGCUUCACGCCGUCCCGGCGAGCAAGACCGUGAAGUUCCGCUGUCAGGCCAAUGGCAACCCGACUCCUACGCUGAAAUGGUACAAGAACGGCAAGGAGUUCAAGAGAGACCACCGCAUCGGAGGCUUCAAGGUUCGUGACCACGUGUGGACCAUCAUCAUGGAAUCUGUAGUUCCCUCCGACAAGGGAAACUAUACAUGCGUGGUGGAAAACCAGUAUGGAAGCAUCAAUCACACCUAUCAACUGGAUGUAGUCGAGCGCUCUCCGCACAGGCCGAUCCUGCAGGCGGGCCUGCCGGCGAAUCGCACCGCGGUGGUGGGCAGCGACGUGGAGUUCGAGUGCAAGGUGUUCAGCGACCCGCAGCCGCACAUCCAGUGGCUGAAGCACAUCGAGCUCAACGGGAGCCGCGUGGGUCCCGACGGCUUGCCGUACGUCCGAAUACUCAAGCAUUCUGGGGUCAAUAGCUCGGACGCUCAGGUGCUGACCCUCUACAAUGUGACUGAGGAGGACAGCGGACAGUAUAUAUGUAAAGUGUCCAAUUAUAUAGGAGAGGCCAAUCAGUCAGCCUGGCUGACUGUCAUCAGAUAUGAUCCCACAGCCGUCACACACAACCCUCCACCCAACCACACCUACCUGGAGGUCGUCAUCUACUGCGUGGGCUUCUUUUUCAUCGCAGUCAUGAUCGCCAUCGUGAUCAUUGUCAAGAUCCGCACCUCCUCCAAGAAGAGCGACUUCAACAGCCAGCUCGCCGUGCACAAGCUGGCCAAAAGCAUUCCCCUGCGCAGACAGGUAACAGUGUCUGUGGACUCGAGCUCCUCCAUCCACUCCGGAGGAAUGCUGGUUCGUCCGUCCAGACUCUCCUCCAGCGGCUCUCCGAUGCUCUCAGGCGUGUCUGAGUAUGAGCUUCCUCAGGACCCCCGCUGGGAGCUCCCCCGGGACAGGCUUGUUCUUGGGAAGCCGCUGGGCGAAGGCUGCUUCGGUCAGGUGGUGAUGGGAGAGGCGCUCGGCCUCGACAAAGAAAAGCCAAACCGCGUGACCAAGGUUGCAGUCAAGAUGUUAAAAUCUGACGCCACCGAGAAAGACCUGUCAGAUCUGAUUUCAGAGAUGGAGAUGAUGAAGAUCAUUGGGAAGCACAAGAACAUCAUUAAUCUGCUGGGAGCCUGUACACAGGAUGGUCCUCUGUAUGUAAUAGUGGAGUACGCUUCCAAGGGCAACUUACGGGAGUACCUGCGAGCUCGGCGCCCGCCGGGCAUGGAGUACUGCUACAACCCCGACCAGGUUCCCGUGGAGAACAUGUCCAUCAAAGACCUUGUGUCCUGUGCUUACCAAGUGGCCCGCGGCAUGGAGUACUUGGCAUCCAAAAAGUGCAUCCACAGAGAUCUUGCUGCUCGCAAUGUUUUGGUAACAGAGGACAAUGUGAUGAAAAUAGCUGACUUUGGGCUCGCAAGAGAUAUCCAUCAUAUUGAUUACUAUAAGAAGACCACCAACGGUCGUUUGCCAGUCAAGUGGAUGGCCCCCGAGGCCCUGUUCGACCGGAUAUACACACACCAAAGUGACGUCUGGUCGUUCGGGGUGCUGCUGUGGGAGAUCUUCACCCUGGGAGGCUCGCCGUACCCCGGCGUCCCGGUCGAGGAGCUCUUCAAGCUGCUGAAGGAAGGUCACCGCAUGGACAAGCCCUCCACGUGCACGCACGAGCUGUACAUGAUGAUGAAAGACUGCUGGAACGCCGUGCCUUCUCAGAGGCCCACUUUCAAACAGUUGGUCGAGGACUUGGAUCGAUGUUUGGCCAUGACGUCCAACCAGGAGUAUUUGGAGCUUUCGAUGCCUCUGGACCAAUAUUCCCCCAACUACCCUGACACGCGCAGCUCCACCUGCUCCUCCGGCGAGGACUCGGUCUUCUCCCACGAUGCCGGAGCCGAGGAGCCCUGCCUGCCAAAGUUCCCUCCUCACUCUAAUGGGGCAGCCAUAAAGAAACGCUGAUACCUCAUCUCCAUUCAGACAAACACUGACAUUUCCUCCACUCCCUGCCUCAUGGGGUUGGACUCUUCCUCACAUUCCCAGAGAUUAAGCUAAAAAAAGACUGUCGCUCUGAGAGAGGAGCGUGGAGACACCUUGUAGAACUCGUUGGAUCACUUGGACUGAAGAGCGCGACGGCCCCCCGGGUUUUUUUUGUUGGUCGUGGCGGUUUUAACGGGGCACUUCGUAUCAACGGGAGUGGCGGUUUGUCACAGCGCGAGGGGGAUGGAAGCUGUCGCCUUCGCUCCGAGCUCUCCGCGGUUCAGGAGGAUGGAAAUGACUGAUUGUGACUGUGUCUGGCUUUCUGUCUUGCUUCCCCUCCAUGGUCUCUACGUUCACGGCGAAGGACAACAUUCUGCUUUUCAGACCAAAUCCACAGAAAACACUACCGAGUGACAUGCAGCACCGUGGUCCACUGCAUCAUUCACCAUCUUCUUGUAAAUACAGUUAGAAAGUUAUAAAUAUGAAUAUAUAUUUACACAGUACUCCUAUUUUUCUUACUGUAAUGGAUUUAUUUUCUUUUGUACAUGAUUUGUUGGAUUAAUUUUUCAACAUGGUGGUAGAGGCUGUUGGUACAUAACAUCAAAAAAGGAUUUUGUUUUGGUGCGUCAAAAUUUUGAUUUCCCUUAAAAUUACUGUAAAAUCACCCAUGGAAAAAUAUAUGCAGCAUUCUGUUUUGCUUUUCGUGUGUGUGUGUGUGUGUGUGUGUGUGUGUGUGUGUGUGUGUGUGUGUGUGUGUGUGUGUGUGUGUGUGUGUGUGUGUGUGUGUGUGUGUGUGUGUGUGUGUGUGUGUGUGUGUGUGUGUGUGUGUGUGUGUGUGUGUGUGUGUGUGUGUGUGUGUGUGUGUGUGUGUGUGUGUGUGUGUGCUUUUUUAUUUUAAUCUUGUACUGGCAACAACUAAACAUACCGCUGGUUAUAUUUCACACAUUGAACCCAGAAAAACAUCCUUCAGCCAACAUCGUGCACUUCCACUGUGCAUGCCUUUCGUGUGGUGAACAUAAUCUCCUACUGUAAAUGCUUUAACGGGAGUCGCGUUCACGGCCAUGUGACGUCUGAAAAAGGUUUGCAGAACAUGUACUUCAUCUAAAAAAAAAAAAAGAAAAAGGAUAACAUUAAAUAAAAUUUCAUUGGGUAACAAGCUA